UACUUGAGAGGAAAAAAAUGGAAGCUGAAAGAAAAGUGCUCGACUGUUAAGUUCGUUGUGUACGCAGACUUUUUUACUAUCUUACGACGAGUAGUACCUGUUGUGUUUUGGCUUCUGGACAAAAUUCGAAAGCCCAUACAGCAAACUAUACGCCACGCGCGCGCACGCACAUACACACUUACACAACGCCUAGAGAAAAGAGAGAGAAUGUUGUUCUGCCUCCAAGAAGAUAAUUCGACGACGUCGCCUUCGCGAAGUCCUUAUCCUCUUGGUUCUCUAGGACAGUAGCUGUUCAAUAUUGCCAAGAAAUCAAGUAGUUUGUGUGAGAAACUUGCUAGAGAGAAGAAUAGAGACGAGAAACAUUCUAUUUCUGGAUGCUAUCGGUGUGUGUUCUCUCUCCCUCCCUCUCUCUCUCUUUCUGUCUCUCUGUCUAAAUAGUCACUCUCGGCAAAAGCUGAUCACUUGUUGACGAGGUACACCUGCUUCUGAAGAUGUUGAUUGAGAGCAUUUUGACGCUUCAACGCUUUUUGUGAUAGGUUAAGAAAUUCGAUUGUUGUGUGAAUAGCCAGUACUUUGGCUUGUGGAAACAUUAUUGAUGAAGCAUUUUGGGAUUGUAUGUCCAUUGAUAGAUAUUCUCUUAUUGACUGUGCUUAGGAAACAACUGAGUCAAAAAGAUUAUUAAUUGGUAUAAAAAAAUUUAUUUUGGCAAACAAGUUUCAUCAAAAUUAAAAAAGAUACGUUUCAACAUUGUUAUUGUCAAAAGUAUCAUGGUAAACUAUUCCUAAUCAGGCAAAGAGACAUUAAAAAGAUUUGAAAAAAAAAAUGUGAAUUCACAUUUAUGAAUAAUACUAGAGUAUAAAAGUUAAUUGCUAAAUUACAAUGCUAUUGUAAUUACUCAGUUUUCCUAUGAUUAGUAAUACCAAGUACAAUCUUAGAAAUAUAAUACAAGGUACUUGUAUUAAGUGAAAGACAGCUUAUUGAUAUAUAAAUGGUUCUCUUGCAAUUUAACGAAAAUUGCAAAAUUUGGAAUAAUUUUCCAAAAUAUAAAUAGAGUCCUAUAUCAAAUCAAGUAAAUAACUCUAUUCCAAAAGGAUGGCAUAUCGAAUAUCCUUGGAGUGUGGGGAUUCCUCCUGCUUGAGAGCCAAAAAAACCCAAGAAGGUUAUACGCAUGACUGGGAAGUGUUUAUAAGAGGAGUUGACAACGCUCCAAUCCACCAUUACAUCGAUAAAGUUAUCUUUAAUCUUCAUGAAACAUUUCAAAAGCCAAAGCGAGUAAUUAAGGAACCUCCUUAUGUUUUGAAAGAAUCCGGCUAUGCCGGGUUUGAUAUUCCAAUCGAUAUUUAUUUGAAAAAUAAACAUGAACCUAAAAGGUUCCAAAUUAUGUACAACUUAUACUUGGAACAAAGUGGUCCAGCAGUAAGUCAUGUAUCGCAUCAUAAUCAAACGUUCUACAGUCCUUCGGAUGAAUUUAGGAAAAAAUUACUCAAAGGUGGUGCUACGCCUAUUUCUAGUACUGAAAGUGCAUCAGAAAAAAGCGAUGUGAAAACUCUACCAAUGGUAGGAAAACCUAAGCUUAGUGGCAAUGAUAAUAAAAAGCAUCGGUUACCCGAGCAGAAGCUAACCAAUUCUUUUAUGGAUAUAUUUGGGGACCCUGUUAAGACUGCUAAAGUAUCCUUAGAAAAGAAACCUGUAGAAAAAGCUGUAAGUUCUAAAACCACUCUCCCAGUCCCUGAAAAGUCUGACAAAAUUGAUAAGAGUACAAAGCCAAAACAUAGUCCACAUAAAGAUAGCAAAAAGGAUAAGUCAUUUGAAGAGAAGAAGGAAAAGAAGGACAAAGAAAAGGAUACUCUUAAAGAUAGAGAUAAAAUUAAAGACAAAUCCAAAAGGUCAUCGAGCCCCAGUAGUAAUAAGAUAAGUCAUCAUAGUUCCGAAAGCAAAAGACCUUCUUCAUCACCGACAUUGAUGAAGAAACCGACAACCCCACCACCAAUCCCCAAAAGACCAUCUUCACCGUCUUCAAAAUUGAAAGAAAAAGAAAGUAGAAAAAUAACAGAGCCUGAAAAGGAAAAAGAAAGAUCCAAAGAAAGUAUGAAAAGUAAUACAGACGAAAGUAAAAAUGAGAAAGAAAGUAAAAGUGAACGUAAGAAGGAUAAGAAGAAACAUAAGGAAGAUCGAGAUAAAGAGAAGAAAGAGAAGCAUAAAGAAAAAGAAAGAGAAAAAAGUAGAGAUAAAGAAAGCGUGAAAAGCUCGGAAAAGAAGAUCGAAAAACUCGAAAAAUCAGAAAAAGAGAAAUUAUUGGAAGUGAAAUAUUCAAAAGAAGAAAGAAAGUCGCCAAAGCUGGUCAAGGAAGUUGAGAAGGUCAAGGAAGAAAAAAUCGUGAAAACAGAGAAGAUCGAAAAACAUAAAGAAUCUAAAGGGGAAAAAUCAGAUAAAUCAAAGCACAAACACAAGAAAAGAGACAAAAAAGAUAGAAGAGAUGGAAGUAGAGAAAGAGAGAAAAAAGAAAAACGAGAGAAAUCAAAAAGUUCCAUGGAAAAGCACAACGAAGUUACCAAUCAUACUUCUACCUCUUCGGCCACACUUCGCGUAUCCGAGACACAAAGUCGAGAAAGCAGCGAUUCCGGAUCCGAUGAUGAAGAUUCAGUUAGCAAAAAUAGAACGCCUAACCCAGUGAAAAAAGAAUCGGUCUCACCGUCUCCUCCGUCAGAAAUGCUUAGGUCUAUGUCUCCUCCACCACCACCGGUUAAUGAUCCUAAAAAAGAUAAGAGCGAUAAAAAGCGUGAAAAGUCAAAGAGUAGCCGAGAGGAUAAGGAGAAAAAGAGAAAGAGAAGGAGUGAAAGUAAAGGCUUGGACGAUGAAGUUUCAAUCAAGAAAAUAAAAUCCGAACGUGAUCACUCAACCUCGCCAUUAGUAGAACCAGUGUCAUCAAGUCAAUCGCCUAUAGCGGCGAACCUCGAUGCACUGCAUUCGAAGAUAAAACAUGAAGCUGACAUGACGAUGGAUAUAGAGCCAGCAAUGGGCGACAGUGAACAAGUGGCUCCAGAUUCGACCAACAGUACACUGGUUGACACAGAAGAACCACCGGUCUUUUCCGAAGACUAUGUAUCUCAGCUGAAAGAUCUUCAGCAGAAGAUUAUGACUCUGCAGGAUAACCAGGAGCUUCAAAGAGUUGUGCAAGUGAUCGCCGAGACUGGACAAUACGAAAUCACGAAGAAAACCUUUGACUUCGAUUUGUGUGCACUGGAUAGGAGAACGGUCGCGCGACUGCAACAGUUUUUUGCCUCGUGACCGACGACUGAACCUCAAACGAUAACUCAUUAACGAAGAGAGAUUCAAAGAGAGAUAGAGCUUUUGUGGAUAGAAGCUUUACGAGUUGAUUUUGAUACUGAAUCAGUGGUUACUUAAUGACCUUUAAAAUAAAUUUUAUAUAAUAAAGUUUUUUUUAAUUUCAUCUACGUUUAUUUUCAGGUAUGUUUUAUCUAAUAAAUAUCGUUAAUUUUAUUUGACUUUCUACCAUUUUCUUAUAAAAUAUGGUUGAAACUAAAAAAUUUGAUAUUUCAAGUUUAACCAAAGUUUUAAUUGGAACUUACAGAUUUCCAUUACAUAUCACUGGUUUGUUAUCAAAUUUAAUCGUAAAAUUCUCAACGCACUAUAAUAGGUUUAAAUUUGUAAAUAGACUUUUACCAUAAUUAAACAUUUAAGUCCAUUCAUUGUGAGGUUCGCUAUAUGUAUCGAAAGCAGGGCAAAAUAAUUUAAAUGUGUAUAAGGCGCAGAUUAUAUUCAUUCAAUAAGAGCUUAUCGUAAUUAACUUCGAAAUUUUCUUUCAAACUUUUUCUGUAUUCAGUAUUUCAUUCAGCACCCCAUCGAAAACACGUAUUAUUAGAUUAUUAAAUUUGAUCCCGGAGUAGAUUUUUUCUUUAACAAACGGGUAAUAGUACAUUACGAUACAAGUGCGGGAAAGUAGAUUCUUGUCUCAUGUAGCGUUUACGCCCGAGCGAAGCGAGGGUGGAAAGGUACACGAGACGAGAAACUCUUUCCCGAACAUGCACCGUACCGUAUUUUUUAAUAUGGCGUGUGGAAAGUGCGAUUUUUAACGCACGUUUUUUGCCGAGCGUACGGAAAAAACGCACUUUCCGCACGGAGUGUCGAAAAACUAAAUACAGUGAUAUUAUCUCAAAAAAAUUAUUUGAAACUUCUAUCUUUUAUAUAGUUAGAAAAGUGUUGUUGAUCUUAUUAAACAGAAUGAAUUGAUUAUUUUGUAUAUUAUGUCAAACAAAAUAGGGAAAAUUUAGUUUCGUUUUAAAAAUGUUUUUAAAUUAAUAACAUCAUGUUAUUUAGGAAAAAUAAUUUUAUCACUGAUGUUUCUUCAUACCAACGAUGAAAUUAACAUUUAUACAGAACUACAUCACAAUAAUAAAUAUGUAAAAUUAUUGUAAGACAAAUAACUCAUAAUAUUCUCAGUAUGUUCGUAACAUUUUUGAAAUUACAAUGUUAGAUUAAUUAGCACACAACAAAAAUUAAUACUGAUAGCUCUUACUAUCCGUUUAAAGUAAUACUGAGAAAACAUUUUUUUUUGACAUAGUACACCAGUAAUGAAUUGUCGAGUCUAAACUUUCUAAGUCUUCUGCCGUCAAUCAAAAUAAGUGAGAUUGAUAAUUGAACCAUGGUGUAAACAUAAAAGGCAGUUCCCUAAGCAUUUAAAUGCACAAAGAAACAUAAAGGAUGUAACAAUGCAUCAACAUAGAUCAAAAUUUUAAUGUAUAUAUAAAUAGAUAGAUAUUAUGAGCAUUUUAAUGAUUUCAAUGAAGCAUCCAGAUUUUUGAAACAUAUGUCGAAUAAAUCUCAAAACAUGUUUUAAUUGUACGUUACAUAGAUAAUUUCUUAUUAUUUGUAAUAUUUAACGAAACAGAAUAUCAAGAUGAAGAUAUUAGUAGUACAACAUGAGAUACACAGGGAAAAUUUUUCAAGCAGCUAAAAUAAUUUUUUCAUAAUUGUUUUUAGAAUAUUAUGUCGAACCCAUGCCAUAUGCAUUAUGUUAAUAUUGGAUUCAUGCAUGAAUGUUAUAAAUAUAAACGAUCUUAUACAAGUAGAAUUGCUUUUUACUAAAGAUAUAUAAUAAUAAAUAUAAAUUUCAUUGUUCAAUAUUUAUAAUAAAAUUUUUCUUUCAUUAGUAAUUCUUUUUGGAUAUACUUGCGCUACUCAUUGUGAGUGAAUUUUUAGCAGCUAAUGUAAAUUAUCUGUUAAGAGAAAACUUCGAUAUAAUCUGGUAAAGUUACAACAAAAACUUUGAGCGUUAUAGAUAUUGAAAUCAAACAACAUAACUGAAAUGAUCUUAUAAAAAAUAGGAUGUGAAAUCGAGAAAAAUAUGAGCCUAUUAUAAAUAGAGCUUAUAAUUUAUGUAAACAGAAAUAUUUUUUCAGGGCACUUUUAAAUUAUUACAAAACAAAGAUGAAUAUUUCUUGUACAACCAACAAUAUCUUGUACCAUUUAAAAAUACCUGUAAUGUGGCAGCGAGUAAUACUGUAAUAAUGUGUAUUGAGUAUAUUGUAAGCUCAUGUGCCAAAAUGUAUCGAAAAAGUUGUAGGAGCGGUGGCAUAUUUAAAAAGUUUGAAAAUUCAUUUAUCAGUAGCUAUCAUUAAAAUCUUACAUGUUUGAGCGCUUUAUCUAGGGGAUAUAUUUUUUUUUAACUUUCGUUGUCGGUAGCUCAAAAUAUACACGAGUCUACAAAUGAUGUUUUGAGAAAAGACAUGUGAAAUCUAUUCAUAGUCUCUGCUGAAAAUAUCUUUUAUUUGGAUUAUAACGCCGAAAAUUUCAAAAAUAUGAUCGAAUAUACAUUUUAAAUAUAAAAAUAUCAAGUCAUGAGCUAUAAUUAUACUGGAGUUACGCGAAAAUAUCAAUCUCAAAAAAUAAAAUAUGAAUUUAAUGAAGCACUGAUAAAACAAUCAGUGCUGCAAGAACCCGUCGGAAAAUAUUCGAAUGCGAUGAAUGAUGCUCGAAAUCUAAAUUAAGAUUAUACUUGCAUCGAAAAAAUUUAAAUUAUGAAUAUGAGAAGAAUGAUCUCCCAAAGAAUUAAAUAUAGCCGUAUUGAGAUCGUUUUCCUCUGCGUCACCAUUAUACAAUUUCUCUUGUAUAUACACGGAAAAGUACACGUGCUAAUGCAUGCACCAAAAAAAAGAAAAAGAAAACGGAAAAAAUAGGUAUCGGGAGAAAUGCAUUUUCUAAUGGUCGUAAUUUUUGUAUACAGUAAAUUUGUACGAAAAAAGAAAACAAUCGAGAGGUUUUUCGACAGUGUUUACUUUUUUGAGCUUUUUAAUUAUGUUCAGAUAAGUGGAAGUCAUUCGUAAACACACAAUGUAGUGUACUUAAGAAAUAAGAAACUAAUUUUUAGAAAAUGUCAUAGAUCUCCAAAUGCGUUUACCGUUGCUUAUAUAUAUGAUGAUUGUGUUCAUUGUAUAUUUCUAUAGGUAAAUAUACAUAAAACGGAUAAAUUGUCAGCUAUUUUCUGAGUGCAUGCUAUCGUAAUGCGAGAUAAAUUAGCUCAUGUUACCCGCACUGAAGUGCAAAGAAAAAAAUUAACACAGACGACAUACGCAUUAGAAGCAAAUUUGCAUGUGUGCUUUUCGAGUACCGUAUGUGUUUGUUGUUAUAUAUAAUUAACGUUGAUAUUGUGUUGCGUCUCCACUAACCGAUGGAUAAUUUAUUUCUGUUAUAAUCCUACGGUAAUUAAAUCGUAAAAGUACGAACAAAUUGAAAGACAGCAAAAUUGAACGAAAAAGGGAGAAAAAAUGUAAAAGUUAUUUCGCUGAGUUUUGUCAUGAUAUGUCUAUUCUCGGCUCGAUAUACACGUAACAACUAUCGUAUAUACGUUUCUCUCGACUGAUGGCAUAAUGAUGUCUGCGUAAAGAGGAAAGACUUGAUCAAUGUACAGUGUUUUUUCAUUUCUAUUUUCUUUUUUUCUUUGUUAUUUUAUUUAGUAUUUAAACACAAUAAAUACAGUAUAAAUGAUUAACGAAUGAUUGUACCUAAUUACAUGUACGAAUAAUAUGAAUAUAAUUAUAUACAUACGACUUUAAAUCAUCAGUUUUAAAAAGAUUCUCGGCAUUUGUUCUAUAAAAAAAUUAAAAAAAAACAAUUUUCCACGGCUAGCGCAUUCGAAGAAAAUAAACAUUCAUUCGUUUAUACGCAAUGAAAUUUAUAAAAUUAAUACGUAAGAUUUAUUAAAUUAAGUAUAUACCUACACAAAUAAAGUUCGAA